AUGUCAUCACUGGAAAGAGCCGAAGAUGUAGUGCUUCCUGUGUGCGAACAGUCGGUAAAUACUGCCUCUACUACCGCUGAUGUUUCACCCUGGAAAGCAAUGAAAACAGUGGCUAAGGAUAUGCCCGAAUCGCCAGAUAUGAAAUUCGCUAGAACACGUUUUGGUCAUCUUCUUGAUGGAAUACGAAGUGGUGAAAUUCAAACUGGAAUACAAGCUAGAAAUCGAGCAAGAAGUCCAGAAGAGAUGGAAAGGGACUUGCUUGAACGUCCAAAGAAAUCGUUGAGACGUGAAAGUCGACGAAUGGUUUUUGAACUCCGCGGCAAACCUUUUGCAUUGCGAGAUAGUGGUCGUCGAGAAGGCGUAUACGCACUAUGUCGAAAUUGGAUGCGAGGUAGUGAUGACGAACGACCAAGAGAAAAGCGAGAAGUAGAGCAUCCAGAACCGCCCGACGACUCGCUUGAUUUACUGGCUACAAAAGAAAUUUGGGCACUGCCACGACCGCAUGAUCGUAUUCGGAUAGAACCAGCUCCUCCACCGUUGUACAUUAGUACAAAAAUCAAAGUAGAUACAACAAGUUCUAGCGAGCUCUUGGCCGUUUAUCUACCACAUUGGAGAAAAAUUAAGAAGAACUGGAAUGAGUAUUCUCGAAUUCGAGACCGACGAUAUCAAAAAAGUAUCAGAUUGCUGAACACCGUAUUCACUAUGAAUCAGCAAAAUAGCAUUAUAUGA